GCCGCCGCCGCAGCCCGAGAGGAGCUGGGGGAGGACGGUGGCCCGCGAGGCUCGUCGCAGACAACGCGGCGGCGAUGUCCGCGAGCCAAGCGGGAGCCGCGGCGGCAGCGGCGGGGCCUCGUGCACUGCAGGGCGGCCUGGGCUUCGGCCUCCCUCCGGUUCCUAGGAAGCGGGCCGACGGCCAGCGCGGGAGCAUCAGCGGCAGAGACGGAGGCUCGGGCGCGUCUCUCUCCUCCCCUUGAGCCUGAGCCGGGGGAGGCCAGGCGGCCCGGGUGGCUGGAGGGGGGUCCGCUGCCCGAGAAUGGGAAUUCUCUUCACCAGGAUAUGGAGACUGUUCAAUCACCAGGAGCACAAAGUCAUCAUUGUCGGGCUGGAUAAUGCAGGAAAAACUACCAUCCUUUACCAAUUUUCUAUGAAUGAAGUCGUACAUACGUCCCCAACAAUAGGAAGUAAUGUAGAAGAGAUAGUGAUUAAUAAUACACGUUUUCUAAUGUGGGAUAUUGGUGGCCAAGAAUCUCUUCGUUCUUCGUGGAACACUUACUAUACUAACACAGAGUUUGUAAUAGUUGUUGUGGACAGUACAGACAGAGAAAGGAUUUCUGUAACUAGAGAAGAACUCUAUAAAAUGUUAGCCCAUGAGGACCUAAGGAAAGCUGGAUUGCUGAUUUUUGCUAAUAAACAAGAUGUUAAAGAAUGCAUGACUGUAGCAGAAAUCUCCCAGUUUUUGAAACUAACUUCUAUUAAAGAUCACCAGUGGCAUAUCCAGGCAUGCUGUGCCCUUACUGGCGAGGGAUUAUGCCAAGGACUUGAAUGGAUGAUGUCACGACUUAAGAUUAGAUGAUCUCUACUGACCUCUCUCAUAGACUUUGUAUAAAGGAAGUGCUGGACUUUACGUGAAAGCUGCAAAAAUGAAUGGUUUAGAUAUAUUUAUAAUAAACUGAUUUAAACAUUUAAACUUUUUCUAUAAGAAGAAAAAUUAAGACCACUUAUUUGAAAACAAAGAUUGUCUCACCCUUCAGUCUGCUUUCUCAUUAGUUCCUUCCAAAGCAAGGUCUUAAAGCUGUGAUUGACAUUUUUCUCAUAAAGAAUCCUCUCAGGACGGUGUGUAGCCUGUGGUAAGUACAAGGGGAGAGGAGGACAUUUUUAACUUUAAGAGCUUUAUUAUCAGUGUAACCCUCCCUAGUUGAAUGUUGUUCUCUUCCUGUUCCAUUAUGUCAAAAUACAAAUCACAGAUACUUAGUUUCCAAUAUUUUAAAACGUAAUGUUACUUAUGAAAAGUGUUUUGCAUAAGGUUGUGUAUGUAUUGUGUAUAUACCUCAAGUUCAAGUUAAUGGCUUUGAUUUAUGUUCUUACAAAAAGCAAAUAACACAAAAAUUAAUAAUAUCCUUAGUUAUAUAACCAUAAUGAGAUGAGUACUGGCAUUGGUGGUAAGAGCCAUUUUGUACUUCCAUGUUCUCCGUAUCAUACUAACCAACCCCAAAAUCAUUGAGCUGCUCUUAAAAAAAAAAGAAAAGAAAAAGAGAAGAAAAAGCUUGACUUUGUAUAUCUGAUUUUUUUGUUGACCAAAUCACACACAUGGAAACAUGUAAUCCAAGUGAGUGGAAUAUCUGUCAUGUUCUUGACUUAGUAUUACUAAUGGGCAGAAGUGCAUGUGGAGCAAUUAUCAGAUUGCUCCCUUUAUUGGACCUUAUGCCAUCUAAAUUUACUGAGUAAAUUAUUAAUCCAUUAAUCAGGCAAUCAUUACUUGUGAUUAAAAUUAUCGAGUGAUUUUUUUCAGCAUUAAUUGGAAACUUGUGUGAAAUAUGUCUACCCAGAGAAGUAUCACACUAUAAAUAUUAUCAAAUAAUUUAGCUACAGUCUUUUUAGAUAUUAAAUUGUAUGUCAAAUAUUUAAAGUGAAUUUGAGAUGAAAAGUAAAGCAUAUUUUCUAAGCAACAAAGAUAAUUUCUUAAUUUGAAAAUUUCAUAUUUCUUAACUUAGGAGUUAGAACGGUUUGAGGGUUUUUUUGUGUCUGUAAGUUUUCUUUUAUCAUCUUACACCACAUGAAUGCACUGUUUGACAGUUACAAAAUAUGAAUCUUUUUUAAUGCUUUUAAGGAUUUGGUUUAAAAAUUGAUAAAACGUAAUGUAUUAUUUUUACUAAGAAGUAACUUGGCCCCCAAACCUUUUAUGUUUCCUGAGUUUUGUUUGUUUGUGUGUUUUUUCCCCAGCAUCUAGAAGUCUAAGAUAUUUGUUAUAAAUGUAAACAAACUUAUCCUAAAUGUGUUAAAAUAUAUUCUUGGGUACUCUGUUGUUAUAUCUUUCAUGCCCUGAAAAUCUGAUGACUAAUCCAAAACUGGCAUGUUUUAGAAUAUUCAAGAAAACAAAAACUACUUUUAAUACCAGCCUUUUAGAUUUCAAAGAUUUUGAUGAGAAAUAAUAAGUAUUGACAAAACUUUGAAAGUUCCUUUUUAUAAAAUAUAAGAUACUCAUUAUAUAAAUCCAAAUCAGGCAUGGGAGAUUAGUGUUUAAAAUCAGAUGUUUUGUGUUUUAUAUUUGUAUUAUAAUGUUCAAAAUACAAGUAUAACAUUUUAAUAUUUGUCAGCUUGCUUUUACAAAAGUAUUGGGUUGGCCAAAAAAUUUGUUCUGGUCUUUCUGUGAAAUGUUAUGGAAAAAACCCAAAUGAACUUUCUGGCCAACCCAAUAAAUCCUAAAUUACUAGGCUUUAUUUGUUCAUAUGUCUUCAUACUUUUUCAAAUCACCAUAAGGAAUUGCUUGUAUAUGAAAAACCCAAAACUAUUUUGUAGAUGCUGCAGUGUCAUCAGAGACAAAUAUUCUGUAAAGUAGCCCAACAAAUCCAUACCUUUUAUCCUUUUUGUCUUCUGGUUUGAAUAAUCAUGGAUUAGUCCCUUGAAUUGCUACCACAUCAGUUCAGCAAUAUACCAGCACAUUCCCUUGUCAUCAAGGUGUUGGCUAAAAUUUAUUCUCAAUUGGAUGUUUAAAGCACGUACUGCAUUUUUACAGUUGGUUUAGUGAUUGACAUGGCAUUGUGAGAAUGCAUGAAAUCUUAUACCACAUUUAUAAAACAUGCUUUUUUUGUUAUAGUGUACCUUCUUGGCCAAGCAUAAAAAAUAAGGUGGUAGCUUUAUACUUGUGCAUAAAACCAAAAUUACAAUGGGAAAAAUUUUUUAAUUUGUGUAUGAAAAUAUAUCAAAAUAAUUGUAACAGUAUUACUUCCAAAUAAUAUGAAGAGCCUCAUGAAUAGUCAUAUUCGUGAUUUAUAUGUAAUUUUUAAGUGGAAUUAAGCAAACGGCAAUGCUUUUGGUUUUUUAACUUGCUACUUUUGGGUGUAAACAAACAUCUUAUUUAGGGUUAUUAUGCUCAGCUUUGAAAAGAACAAAGCAUCAUACCUCUGUACAUGUGGCUAGAUUUAAAUAUCCUAUGUUUGAUACUAAUUUUGAAAGUUGUAUAACUUUGCCCGAUAUCUUGGUAAAAGUAACCAUAUUGCUAUAUGCAUUUAAAUACGUUUCAUUUUGUCAUAUUACAUUCAGAAAGUUUAUCCUACACAUUCUAAUGAGGAUUGUUUGAAAUUUUUAGUUCUACUUUCUUUGGCCCUCAUGGAUGGGCAAACAAUACAUUGAAGGCGGGUGGUUUGGGAGGCAAGGGAAAGUGGGUAGGGAAUAUGACAUGUUGCCUUAAGAAUAAAAAAGUGCUUCAGCACUGCUGUCUGGCAUUUUUAAUGCAGGUAAUUAAAGUGAUUUUAGAAGCAUGGCAUGGAACAGAAAAGAAUUUCUGUCUUCUGGUCUUCAAGUGCCUAGUAGGUAGUGACGUUGAGAUCACAGAGACGUGCAGGGCACUGAGGAAAGGCAGGAAGUCCCUGAGAUGUUCUUUUCUUUUUUGUCUGAGUGUAUAGUAUUAAGAUGCCUAGAAAUGGGAUUCUGUUUCCCCUCUCGUAGGCACUUUACAUUUCUUGCUGUGACUACAGCAACCACAUACAGUACAGACAACCUCAAAAUUUGUUUAUAUUAGUGUAAAUAGAAAAAUUGUAGACAGCUUUCUAGUUUUCUCUGCAGGCAUUUUUGGGAAUGUAUCUGUAGUGUGUUCUACUUGGUAUAUAGGGGAUAGCAGCACAUCCCAGGUUAUCUGUGGACUUUGGGGUCUUCUCUCAGUUGCCCAGUUGUAUCCUGAAUCAGUCCAUCUUUCAAGGCUGGGUAGAGACAAGGUUUCUUUGCAUGACUUAAUUUUGAACCCUCCCACUGUCCAAAUAGAAUCUGGAACGUCUUGAUUCAGGAUUGGCUUUCCCAUAGCUCAGCCAUCCCCUGCUCUCCUGUAUCUUCAUUCCCCAUCAGUGAAGAUAUGUUAUCUUGGUCCUUGGAUAUUCUAAACUUUACCUAUGUCCAUUGUUCUCCAAACUGCUAGUUUCUAAGUUGGUUCUCUGGUUCUUUGCUAUCCUCCACUGGUUGAUUCAUUGAUUUGCACUUUGCUCAUUAGAGAAUAUUGUCAGAGUUGUUGAGUACAUCACCAGACUGGCUUGCUGUGUGCACAGCACAUAAAUACCAGCAGUAGAGUCCUUUAAAUUAUACUGUAGUUAACAUCUUAAUACUUCUUAAUCUUAGCUUCUCACACUGAAAGGUAGAUUCUGAAAGAUAGGAGAACUACCUAGACUGCCAGCUCUUUGAGCUACUGGUUUGCUACGUGAAAGGGGUUAAAUUGUAUGUAUAUUAUCUUCCCAUUACCAAAAAAUGGGUUACAUUUUGAAGAAUAUCAGCACAAAUAAUUUGAGUUGGAAAAAGACACCAAACUAAAUUCAUAUGUAGUGUUUUUAACCUGAAGACAUCCCCACAUCCUUAAAACCGUAGACCUCAUUCCAUUUUUUUCUUCAUGUUUACUUAAAGAACAAAGAUAAACAUUGGCUGUCUAAAGGAAUUAGUAAUAAGGAGCCUGUCUUUACAAAAUGAAUCCGUUGAAAUGGACUUUGAAAAACAUCAAUAUUAUCAGUCAUCAUGUGUUGACACUAUAGACGCAAACAUAAUAUACAAAAUACUUUUUUUUAAAGUUCCACUUAUACAAAAAUAAAACUUCUAUAUCAUGCUCCCUCAAAGAAUGUAUGAUAAUUUUAAGACCAGAAUGGUGGCAUAAAAGAAAGACAGAAUUUAAAAACUUUGGAUGCUAAAAAGUGACUGUUUCUAUUAAACCCUAAAAUUGUGUGUAGAAUUGUGAAGAAAUUGUAACCGGAUACAGUUGGGUAAAUUAUGCACUAUUUCUUAUCAAUUGUUUAGCCCUUGUGUAUUGUCCUAAACACUAAAGUUUAAAUCUUUAUGGUCUUGCCCAUUAGAUAUUGUGUUCUUUGGUAGAGAAUUCCCACAGUCUGUACUCAGCAAGUGCCUAAAAUUGAUUUGUGUUGAUUUUUAAGUCCAUCUAAUAAAUUAUAUGUGUUUUCUAUGGUA